AUGGCACCUCGACCCUCCACUCGGACAACCACAAGAAGAUUAUUGCCGCGGAAGCUCGUGUUCAUGAUCUUCUUGAUACUCCUGCCAAUCUCUGUGAUCACGAUCAUCACUCAUUUCCAGACGAUAACCUACCUAUUCCGGCCGCUCUGGGACAAGCCGCCUCCACCCUUCCAAAGAAUCCCUCACUACUACGCUGAGAAUGUCCCCAUGGACCACCUCUGCACCCUCCAUGGUUGGACCAUUCGGUCUACACCGCGCAGGGUCUUCGACGGCGUCAUCUUCAACAACGAGCUCGACCUCCUCGAGAUCCGAUACCGCGAGCUCCAAUCUCUCGUCACCAAAUUCGUCAUCCUCGAGUCGAACACCACAUUCACAGGCCGACCUAAGCCGCUCUUCUUCUUGUCGAACCGGGACAGGUUCGAGUUUGCUGGGGAUAAGAUCGUCCACGGCGUGUUCUCUGGUCGCACUGCUGAACCCGGUUCGCAGGAGGACCCGUUUGUGCUCGAGUCAGAGCAGCGGGCCUACAUGAAUGGGUUGCUACGGAGUGCAGGGGUGGUGAAUGGAGAUUUGGUGAUAAUGUCGGAUACCGACGAGAUCCCCAGCCCUCAUACUGUGAAAUUGCUGCAAUGGUGCGAUGGUAUGCCUCCUAUUCUACAUCUCGAGUUGAGAAAUUAUCUAUACUCGUUCGAGUUCCCUGUGGAUUAUAGUCAUUGGAGGUCAAGUGUCCAGAUUUACGGGCCAUGGACGAGGUACAGGCACUCGAGGCAAUCGGAUGUCAUUCUCUCGGAUGCUGGAUGGCACUGCAGCUUCUGUUUCAGGAGGCUGGAGGAGUUUGUGUUCAAGAUGACGGCUUACAGCCAUGCUGACCGGGUUAGGAAACCAGAUUUUCUGAACCAUGACAGGAUUCAGAAGCUGAUAUGUAAAGGGGAUGACUUGUUUGAUAUGCUGCCAGAAGAGUAUACAUUCAAGGAGCUGAUUAAGAAGAUGGGUUCGAUUCCGCAUUCUGCUUCUGGGGUUCAUCUUCCUGGGUUUUUGAUAGAGAAUGCUGAGAGGUUCAGGUUUCUUCUUCCCGGCGGGUGUUUGAGAUCGCCAGAGUGA